UCUCGCCGCGCCUUCAUCUCCCUCCCCGGAACAUCGCCCCAAAGCCUCGUCGCCACCCGAACCCUCCCCUACCGCCACGAGCCCCUCUACGAGCUCAUCGCAGACAUUGACUCCUACUCGGCCUUUGUGCCCUACUGCUCGCACUCCCAAGUCACCAAAUGGUCCUCGCCAGACGACUCCGGCCGCCGCUGGCCCACCCUCGCCGACUUGCACGUGGGCUGGGGCGGCUUUGACGAGGUCUUCACAAGCCGCUUGCGCUGUGUUCCCGGCGUCUCAGUCGAGGCUCGCAGCGGCGGCUCUGCCUCUGCUGGAGGGGGCCCCGUCCAAGACGCUUCAUCCGUCUUCAAGACGCUCGAGACGCUCUGGUACUUGACGCCUGUUGCUCGCCAAUCUGCUGCGGCGCCCUCAACCGAGGUCCGGCUCACAAUCAAGUUCCAAUUUGUCAACCCGCUCUAUGCCGCGGUUAGCGCUGCUGUGUCCGACAAGAUCGCCGCCCUCAUGAUUGAAGCCUUUGAGAAGCGA